GGAGUGCGAGCCCUACGCCAGGCAGCUGCGACAGGAGGCAGGCUGCGGGGCGCGCGGCUCUCAGCCAGCUUGCAUCCCAUUGGCCCUCAGGACGCGCUCUGAGCUGCUCCUCUCCUCCAGGGCGCAGCGGCUGCCCACUGGUCCUUGCUGCUCGCUUUGGAGAAAUUCUUUGCCUGGCUGGCAAGGAGAGCGAGACUGGACUCGGCGGCUCCCAGGAGCACGCUUCGUGGUGGAGACUAAGGGACGAAACCCAGGGAUAAGAGGCAGAAGGCAGCGCGGGCAUUGACAGGACUCGGAGAAGGCUACCAGCCACCAGCAGCCUGAUGAGCAGGCUGGGUCAAAUGCUCUAGCCGGGUGCAUGCGCCGGGCGGAGCGCGCAGAUCGGACUGUGUUCUCCACGGUCCGCCCUGCGCUGGUGCCCGACCGGUACCAGGAUGGGCACUGGAGCCCCAGGGCCGCGCCCGCUAGAGCCUGGCGUCCCUCCUGCGUCCUGAGCUCAUGGACGGCGACUCCCGGCUGGCAGCGGCGCGCCCCCGGGCUGUGAAUGCGACUCGCUCAUCGUCCGCGCUCCCCGCCCGCCCGCCCGCCGGGACGUGGUAGGGGAUGCCUAGCUCCUCUGCGAUGGCAGUUGGCGCGCUCUCCAGUUCCCUCUUGGUCACCUGCUGCCUGAUGGUGGCUCUGUGCAGUCCGAGCAUCCCACUGGAGAAGCUGGCCCAAGCUCCCGAGCAACCCGGCCAGGAGAAGCGCGAGCACGCAUCUCGGGACAGCCCCGGGAGGGUGAGCGAGCUCGGGCGCGCCUCGAGGGACGAGGGCAGCAGUUCCCGGGACUGGAAGAGCAAGGGCAGCCGCACGCUCUCGGGCCGGGAGGCGUGGAGCAAGCAGAAGCAGGCCUGGGCUGCCCAGGGCGGGAGCGCCAAGGCCGCGGACUGGCAGGUCCGGCCUCGCGGGGAUACCCCACAGGGGGAGCCCCCGGCCGCCGCCCAGGAAGCGAUCAGCCAGGAACUCGUGCCCACACCGGAGCUGCCUGAGGAAUACGCGUACCCCGACUACCGCGGGAAGGGCUGCGUGGACGAGAGUGGCUUCGUGUAUGCGAUCGGGGAGAAGUUCGCCCCAGGUCCCUCAGCCUGCCCGUGUCUGUGUACGGAGGAGGGGCCCCUUUGCGCACAGCCAGAGUGCCCGCGGCUUCAUCCGCGCUGCAUCCACGUCGACACCAGCCAGUGCUGUCCUCAGUGCAAGGAGAGGAAGAACUAUUGCGAGUUCCGGGGCAAGACCUAUCAGACUUUGGAGGAGUUUGUGGUGUCUCCAUGUGAACGGUGUCGCUGUGAAGCCAAUGGUGAAGUGCUGUGCACAGUGUCGGCGUGUCCCCAGACGGAAUGUGUGGACCCCGUGUAUGAACCUGAUCAGUGCUGCCCGAUCUGCAAAAACGGUCCAAACUGCUUUGCAGAAACUGCUGUCAUACCAGCUGGCAGAGAGGUGAAGACUGACGAGUGCACCAUAUGUCACUGUACUUAUGAGGAGGGCACGUGGAGAAUUGAACGGCAAGCCAUGUGCACGAGACAUGAGUGCAGGCAAAUGUAGACUUCACAAUACAGAAACUCUCAUGUUUUUCUAGAAUAUUUUACUAAUGUGACAUUCUAGAUGACUCUGAGAAAUAUCAAUCAAAACCAGAAGACUUUGGAUAAGGAGUCAUGAAAAUGGUUGGUACUUUUGUUUUUCUUGGUAACAAUUACAGCAAGAGACAGAAAUGGAUGUAUUUCAAAACAUCAAUAAGAACUUUGGGCAUACUCCCUCUCUAAAUAAAUGUGCUAUUUUCACAGUAAGUACACUAAAGUUCACUAUUAUAUAUUAAAUGUGUUUCUAUAAUCCCUCUAUUAGAGUCUUAUAUAUUAAAAAAUGCUGUUGUCAACCGUC